AUGGAUGCUAACGGUGGCCAACAAUGUCGGCAAUCGGAUUCCCACUCAUUUCGCGAAUUCAUACAAGGUGAGAGGGAGUCCGCCCAAAUAAGCCCAGCGACAGCAGCAGAUGAGUCGGGUCAGGGAGUAUCCUUCCAGGAAACUGCUUCACAGUCACCGAUCGCGCAACGUCAUAUAUCAAGAGCCGAGGGCCAUAGAGCACCAUUGUCAUCCUCGUGGAUCACCGACGAGGAGCUUUGGGAGAUAGACAGCGCAUUUUCGAGAACAGUGGACGGCCUGCUUGACAAGAGCUUUGGAUUCAAUCUAGGUCGAUUCCAGGGAAGCUCGUCUUUUCCUCCUCUCCUCUUUGAUGAAGGACUCGGCGUGGCUCUUUGCAUUAGGCGAUCAAGAGCAGCAGAGGGUACCGGGCCGAUCACUUUCAGUUCCAAAGACGAUAUUGUCUUCGCCAAAAAGCUCCGUGAUUUGGUCGCAGAGGUCAAUUCCUCGUCAUUUAUUCAUGUCGAUCUUAUAUGGUCGAUCUACAUCACCGACUUCUUCGAUCUUCACCCUCCGUCGAGCCCUCCGAAGUGGUGGAGACCAGGCGCAGACAUGGAUACGGAAGAGCGCGAGCUCACUUCAUUUGCUCUCGCAGACAUUCAGGAUGUAGCAGACAAUGACCAAGCGAUGACACCCGUGGAACUCGGGCAGAGCGACGAGCCCCCGAUCGCCAGCACGUCGGAUGACCCGGAGGAGGUUCAUCACCGUGAGGCAUCUGCUUCUUACCACCGCCGGUAUGCUGUGAGUUCUGUUGAUGGUCCACAAUGGCUGCCAUCGAAACCGAAAAGGCCGAUACUUUCGCCCCUUCGCAUCCCUCAGCAGCCUAUCUUAUCUGUUGCUCGUCAGUCGUUACCAAGAUCAAGAAGGGGUGUGAGAACUGCCGCUUCAAGCAAGCUCGAGGCCGGCAAUAGCAAAACAUCGGAGCUACCAAAAGCCUUGAAAGCAAAACCGCAGGUCAGUACGACGAGGCCUCCGUGGCGCCCAGCAGGCUCCAUCCUGGGGUAG